AUGUUAUUUCGAACCUUAGCACUCCCAGCUGCUGUUGCAGCUUCUAUCACUCCUCCUAGGUCGCCAGCCGUAACCUGUGAGAAUCCAACUAUCAGAAAAGAGUGGCGUUCUCUAUCGUCAGAUGAAAGAGACUCAUAUAUUAGCGCUGUCCACUGCCUUGCCAAGCAACCCUCUAAGCUUGGCCUAGAUACGACGCAAUACGAUGACUUCCCGUUCGUGCAUAAUGCUCUCAACGACGACAUCCAUUUCGUCGCAAGCUUCCUCCCGUGGCAUCGCUAUUUUGUGCACGUCUACGAGCAAGCACUUAAGGAAUGCGGUUACACUGGAGCCGUAGCGUAUUGGGAUUGGACACUCGACUCAGAUGACACUUCCAAGUCGUCGAUAUGGGAUCCUGUCACCGGUGUGGGCGGUAAUGGAGACCCUAACAAUACUAUUACGAUAGACGGAAGCACUUCCAAGUGCGUAUCAGAUGGGCCGUUUAAGGACCUCCGUCCUGCCUAUAUUACUGAUACACUUGUACCGCAUUGCUUAAGACGCAAUUUCAAUAACGGAACCGAACAAAUUGGAAAUAUGUUUAGCGAAGCUUAUACGCCCGAGGCCAUAGCCAAGAUCAAUGCCUUUUCCGACUAUGAUAACUUUCACAACGAACUGGAGGGCGGGCCCCACGGUGCGAUUCAUAGCUCAGUGGCGGGUGACAUGAUGCCCGCUACUUCGCCUAAUGACCCUCUCUUCUUCCUUCAUCACACUCAAAUUGACCGUCUUUGGUAUCUCUGGCAACAGGGGGACCCGGAAAUCCGCACAAAUGCAUACGGCGGUAUUAAGACUCAAAGUAACCCCGGAGAACCAACACCUCCUCAAGCCACCUUAGAUGACAUUAUGCCUAUGCUUAACAUUGCGAAAGAUAUUCCUGUUCGAGAUAUCAUGUCCACUCAAAGCGAGCUGCUUUGCUAUACAUAUUAA